GUGUUACAAUCAUCAAAAAUAAUAGGAGCAGGGUUGGCAACAGUGGGUGUUUUAGGUGCAGGAGUAGGAAUAGGAGUAGUAUUCGGAUGUUUAAUAAUAGGUGUAGCUAGAAACCCUUCAUUAAAAAACCAAUUAUUCUCGUACUCAAUAUUAGGUUUUGCUUUUAGUGAAGCAACUGCGUUAUUCGCUUUAAUGAUGUCAUUAUUAUUACUGUACGUAGCAUAA